AUGGAAGCUCAGAAGAUGUUGGUGAUCCAAGACGCGUCCAGAGAUGUUAGUUGGAGCGCAAUCAGAUGGAUCCUGGAUGGCUCAUUGCUUAAACCAGGAGACGAGCUUACACUGCUCGGAGUUCUUCACAAGGUUAUUAAUCCUAGUACGUUAUCUUUCAUGGGAGCUGGGAAGUUCUUGGGAUACAGGAGUAAGGUGGAUUCGAGUUCAAUAUUUGGAGUUAACCCGAAAAUUGUGGAGGAAGAAGUCGCCAGAAAGAUGGAGAAGUACUAUAAAAAUGAAGAGAUUGUGCAUAUUUUUGAGCAGUGUAAAAUGAAAAAGAUCAAGUUCAGAAUAGAGUUGUAUGCCGGAAAUUCUCCGAAGGUGGUUGCUCUGGAAGCUGCUAAAAGUUUAAGGGCAACAUGGGUGAUACUUGACAGGCAGAUGAAAAAAGACAAGAAAUACUUCUUGGAGAAGCUCUCAUGUGGAAUAUCGAGGAUGAAACGGGACAACUCCAUUGAACAACUGAGAGGGCCAAAAAACACCACUGGCAACUUUACAUACGAUGAAAUGAUACCCGGAAGUACAGAAGAUAAACUUUCUCCAAUAACUAAAUACUCAAGGUCUCAAAAGACCACCUUAGGCAAAGAACAAGGUGGUGAUGUACCCCCAUGGGACUACUCACAGAAAUUGCCUUUAGUAUACAAAUUCUCACUGAACGAGCAAAUGUUGAGUACUUCAUCCUCAAGUUCAAGCCUAGGCUUCACUGAAACCGCAAGCUUUUUCAGUACUUCAGCUUCAAGUUCAAGCUUGGGGUACACUGACACCUCAAGUUUUAGCAUUUCUGAGGCGAGGAGCUCCUCCUUGCGCAUUGAGGAUGCAGACUAUAUUACAAAUGCAGAACAAGAGACAGCCGGCAGAGAACAAACGGAAGCAUAUAUUACAGGUAGUCCAGAUGAAAAACAAAAAGAGCAGCACAUCAGUGAUGGUGAUAGGAAGGGAUUGCCUAAAGCGGAGGAGAGUUUUAGAAAUUCCGUUUGCAGCGUUUGCAAUAACACACGGCCCAGGAUUGAAUUGAAGAAAGACUUCACGUAUGCAGAGCUCCAUGCAGCCACACAAGGGUUUUCCAAGAAGAACUUCCUAUCUGAAGGUGGAUUUGGCUCUGUCUACCAAGGGGAGCUGAAAAACGGGGUGAAGAUUGCAGUGAAGCAACAUAAAGUUGCAAGCUCGCAAGGAGAGAAGGAAUUCAAGACUGAAGUUCAUGUACUCAGCAAGGCGAGACACGAGAACUUGGUGAUGCUGUUGGGCUCAUGCUCGGAAGGAAGUCGAAGGCUUCUUGUUUAUGAGUAUGUUUGCAACGGCUCGCUGGAUCAACAUUUGUCAAAAUCUGCCCGAAGCCCUCUUAGUUGGGACCAGAGGAUAAAAAUAGCGUUGGGAGCUGCCAAAGGAUUGGAAUAUCUGCACAGAAAUAACAUCAUCCAUAGAGACAUGAGACCAAGCAACAUUCUCAUAACCCAUGAUCAUGAACCACUGCUAGGAGAUUUUGGUCUUGCAAGAACUCAAUAUGAAGACGCGGAUCGAUCCACAGAGACCAGAGUUGUUGGUACUCUCGGAUACUUAGCCCCGGAAUAUGCAGAAAGUGGGAAAGUGUCAACCAAGACAGAUGUUUAUUCCUUUGGUGUAGUUCUGUUACAGCUGAUCACUGGACUGACGAUGAAUGACAAGAUACUUGGAGACAAAAGUCUUGUGGGAUGGGCAAGACCACUUCUGAAAGAAAAGAACUACCCGGAUUUAAUUGACGAAAGGUUAGAAUUCCAUGAUGUUCACCAGCUCCUUUGGAUGGUUCGAGUGGCAGAAAAAUGUCUGACCAAGGAUUCUCAUAAGAGAAUAUCUAUGAUCUGGGUACUUAAUUAUUUGAAUUACAUAGAUCAAGGCAACACAACUAAUGAUAAUGAUUGUAUGGAGUUCUCUCCUGUGCUAUCAGAUUCACAGAAUAGCAUUGGGGAGUCCCCUGGAUCAGAAGAUUAUGCAGCAGCUGGCAAAAAUGAAGAAUUAUCAUCAUCAGCUAAUAACAGAAAUCACAUGAGUAGGUCACUUUCACCCUCUUUUGUAUUAACACAUACCUUGUCUGCAAAAAGUUCUGGACAAUCCUCUUCUGAUGUUGGAAAGACUUACGAAAAAAAGAGGGCAACACAAACGAGUUAUAAUGACAUGGUCAUUUAA